AUGCUUGCAGACUGCAUAAGCUUGCGGACUGCAUAUGCUUGCAGACUGCAUAUGCUUGCAGACGGCAUAUGCUUGCAGAUUGCAUAUGCUUGCGGACGGCAUAUGCUUGCGGACUACAUAAGCUUGCAGACUGAAUAUGCUUGCAGACUGCAUAAGCUUGCGGACUGCAUAUGCUUGCAGACUGCAUAUGCUUGCAAACGGCAUAUGCUUGCAGACGGCAUAUGCUUGCAGAUUGCAUAUGCUUGCAGAUUGCAUAUGCUUGCAGACUGCAUAUGCCUGCAGACUGCAUAUGCUUGCAGAUUGCAUAUGCUUGCAGACUGCAUAUGCUUGCAGACGGCAUAUGCUUGCAGAUUGCAUAGCAUAGCAUAG